AUGGCCUCCAAGAUCGACGGCACUGCUAUUGCUAAGAGCAUUCGCGAGGGUCUCAAGGCUGAAAUCGAGAAGACCCAAGUCACCAACCCCCGGUUCAAGCCAAACCUCGUUAUUUUCCAAGUUGGAAAUCGAUCAGAUUCCAGCACCUAUGUGCGCAUGAAGCUGAAGGCCGCUCAAGAAGCCAACAUUAUAUGUACUCUGAUUAAUGUCCCUGAGUCGAGCACCGAGUUGGAGCUCAUCCAGGAGAUCACCAAGGCCAACAAUGACCCCGCUGUCCACGGUAUCCUAGUCCAAUUGCCCAUCCCCAGUCACAUGUCCGAACACACUGUCACCUCAGCCGUUGCAGAUGAGAAAGAUGUGGACGGAUUUGGUGCUAUCAACAUUGGUGAGCUGGCCAAGCGUGGCGGACGUCCAUUAUUCACUCCCUGCACCCCGCUUGCGGUAAUGGAACUGUUGAAGGCGAGUGGGGUUGACCCCGCAGGCAAGGAGGCCGUGGUCCUGGGUCGCAGCGAUAUCGUUGGAAGCCCAGUCAGUUACCUCCUCAAGAACGCCGACGCCACUGUUACUGUAUGUCACUCCAAGACUCCCGAUAUCGCCCGCCUCGUGAAGAACGCAGACAUCGUUGUCGCGGCUAUUGGAAAGACCGAGUUCGUGAAAGGAGAGUGGCUGAAGCCCGGCGCUGUUGUCAUUGACGUUGGUAUUAACUACAAGCCUGAUGCGACCAGAAAGUCUGGUGAGCGCCUGGUUGGGGAUGUCGACUUUGCGUCUGCUGUCGAGGUGGCUUCCCAGAUCACCCCAGUUCCCGGUGGUGUUGGCCCUAUGACUGUUGCUAUGCUCCUGAAGAACGUAGUCAACUCUACCAAAGCCUAUUUUGAGAAGCAGAAGGACCGUCGAAUUACCCCAUUGCCUCUUCGCUUGGAGUCUCCCGUCCCCUCUGAUAUCGCUAUUUCUCGCGCUCAAUACCCGAAGCCCAUCACCCAGGUUGCUUCCGAGAUUGGCAUCGCUCCUCACGAGCUGGAGCCAUAUGGUCACACCAAGGCUAAGGUCAGUCUUGAUGUUCUGAGCCGGCUCUCACACCGCCGCAAUGGACGAUACAUUUUGGUCUGCGGUAUCACCCCUACCCCUCUGGGCGAGGGCAAAUCUACCACUACUCUUGGCCUCACACAGGCACUGGGUGCCCACCUGAACCGUAUUACGUUUGCCAACGUCCGACAGCCCAGCCAGGGUCCUACUUUUGGUAUCAAGGGAGGUGCUGCUGGUGGUGGCUAUAGUCAAGUUAUCCCUAUGGAUGAGUUCAACCUACACUUGACCGGUGACAUUCACGCUAUCACCGCCGCAAACAACCUGCUUGCGGCAGCGAUUGAGACCCGCAUGUUCCACGAAGCCACCCAAAGUGAUGGUGCUCUCUACAAGCGACUCGUUCCUUCGAAGAAGGGCAAGCGAGAGUUCCAGCCUAUCUUUUUCCGGAGACUCAAGAAGUUGGGCAUUGAGAAGACCCACCCUGAUGACCUUACCCCAGAGGAGAUUACCCGAUUUGCUCGCCUUGAUAUCGAUCCUGAAACUAUCACAUGGCGUCGGGUUCUUGAUGUUAAUGACCGUCACUUGCGUGGUAUCACUGUUGGCCAAGCGCCUACUGAGAAGGGUCUCUCGCGCGAGACCGGAUUUGAUAUCUCCGUUGCUAGUGAAUGUAUGGCCAUUCUUGCUCUGAGUAACGAUCUUGCGGAUAUGCGUGAGCGCCUGGGCCGCAUGGUCGUUGCUACUUCCAAGGGCGGUGACCCUGUUACUUGCGACGACAUUGGCGCUGGUGGUGCUCUCGCUGCUCUUAUGAAGGAUGCAAUCAAGCCAAAUCUGAUGCAGAGCUUGGAGGGAACUCCCGUUCUGGUCCACGCUGGUCCUUUCGCCAACAUUAGUAUCGGUGCUAGCUCCGCUAUUGCUGAUAAGCUAGCUCUGAAGCUGGCUGGUACUGAGCCCGAUGAGGACCACGAUGACAAGACCGGUUUUGUAGUCACUGAGGCUGGGUUUGACUUUACGAUGGGCGGUGAGCGAUUCUUCAACAUUAAGUGCCGAUCAUCGGGCUUGUCUCCCGAUACCGUUGUUAUCGUAGCUACGGUCCGUGCAUUGAAGGUGCACGGUGGUGGUCCUGAGAUCAAGCCUGGCGCUGCUCUGCCUGAGGUUUACCGCACUGAGAACGUUGAGGUUCUCCGCAAGGGAUGUGUUAACCUGCGUAAGCACAUCUCCAAUGCCAAACAGUACGGUAUCCCCGUCGUCGUCGCGAUCAACAAGUUUGAGACCGACACCGAUGCAGAGAUUGCUGUUAUCAAGGAGGAGGCUCUUGCUGCUGGUGCAGAGGAUGCCAUUCCGGCCAACCACUGGGCCGAAGGAGGAGCUGGUGCCAUUGACUUGGCUAAGGGUGUUCUCGCGGCUAGCUCCAAGCCCAAGGACUUCAAGUUGCUGUACGACCUGAAUGGCACCAUUCAAGAACGCAUUGAGCGUAUCGGUACUGCUAUGUACGGUGCCGAUAAGGUUGAGUUUAGCGAGCUAGCUCAAAAGAAGGUUGACACCUACACCAAGCAAGGUUUCUCCAACCUGCCCAUCUGUAUUGCCAAGACGCAGUACUCGCUCAGUCACGACCCAGCCCUGAAGGGUGCCCCCACCGGGUUCACUGUGCCCAUUCGGGAUGUCAGAUUGGCCGUGGGUGCUGGAUACCUUUACGCUUUGGCUGCCGACAUUCAGACAAUUCCCGGUCUGCCCACUGCACCGGGUUAUAUCAAUGUGGAUAUAGACCCCGAGACUGGUGAGAUUGACGGUCUGUUCUAG